AUGGACAACUUCCACUUGCCCAACGACAUCGUAUUGAUGAUCCUGAACUGUGUAGUCGCCAAGCCUGCCACGAAGCACCUGCCACGUGAAUUUUCAGUACUGGCAGGCGUGUGCCAGCAUGGAGAAGGCUGGCCUGCCGAUAUCUGCUCGAGCGCAGGAAUUCGUUUCCAGAUGAGCUUUCCUGCUCUUGAGUACCUGCGUCUUGAUAAUUGGCACUCUGAUAUUAAGGAAAUCAGCACUGCGCUGUUUCCCGCGUACAUUCCCAAUAUUCACGUUUUGGGAUCAAUUCAAGCGAUCAAGUCGUUUUUCUGGCACAAAUUCAGCGGAUUUGGAAACUUCAAGAUUGGUAUAAGAUGUUGUGAUGCGACGGACGUGGAUACUUUCUACGAGAUGACCAACAGAUUUUUCAACCGCCUGCGCAUUGAUGGUCAAGCAGCGUUGGAUCUUAUUUUCGAUUCUCCAAAACUUGACGCAGACAGGAUCAACUGGACCAAUCUUACUUUCUUGACCAUUACAGGUGAUAUUGAGAUUGAGACGAUUUCAGCGCUCCUUCCACGCCUACCCUCACUGGCUAACCUGGAGGCUUGUGAUUUGGUACACAGCGAGGACACAUAUGAUUCCGUCUCUUUUAACCAGUUCACGCUCCCCGAUCUUGCCAGUUUGUCCACUGCGGAGCCACUAUCCACUUCGGUGAAAAAGGAUUACUGA